AUGAGGCUCUCUGCAGGCCUUGCCGCCGUGUCGACCUGGCUCGGUUUGGUCUCGCUGCUCGUGCUGCAGCAGGCAGAGCCUGUUCAGGCCAAGCUGACGCUCCAGGAGACGGCCGAUACGAUCGCCAUCAACAACGACCGCCUCAACGUCGUGCUGAGCAAGAAGCAGGGCGGCGUCAUCAGCAGCCUCUCGCUCGACGGCCAGGACCUGCUGGGCCCCACGGACGCGUCAAAGAACAUCGGCCAGGGCCCGUACCUCGACUGCUACUGCACGCCGCAAGGCUUCUAUACGCCCGGUCGCAAGGCGCCCGAGUUCGCCGUGUUUCAAGGCACCGACAGCGCCGGGGUCGACUACGCAGGCGUGCGCAUGGGCGAGACUUACGCCGCCACCGGCCAGCGCCUCGAGUUCUACUACUUCCUCCGCGACGGCCAGGAGACGGGCCUGCACAACUUUGCGCGCCUGACCUACGACAACGCGACGACGCCGUUCCUGCGCAACCUGCAAGAGUUCCGCACCCUCUUCCGGCCAAACACGCCCCUCUGGACGCACGUCACGACCAACGAGCGCCUCACCGCGCCCAUCCCCAAGCCCGAGACGGUGGCAAAGCAAAAGGUGGUGCAGGACGCCACGUGGGACAUGGACCCGGACGGCACCUCGACCGACCCCUACGUUACGCAGUUUGCAAAGUACUACACCAAGUACACGUUCUCGGACACCUGGCAGGACCACGACGUCCACGGCCUGUUUGCCGACGGCACCCAGUCGCGCGACGGCCGCUCCUACGGCGCCUGGCUCGUCAUGAACACCCGCGACACGUACUUCAACGGCCCAAAGAACUCGGACCUCACGGCUGACGCCAACACCGUCAUCAACUACAACUACAUCGUCUCGAACCACCACGGCAACGGCACGCCCAACAUCACCACGGGCUUCAGGCGCACGUUUGGGCCCUUCUACUACCACUUCAACGCCGCCCCGGGCGGUGUCGGGUCGAUCGAGGCGCUGCGGGCCGACGCGCGCAAGCUCGCAUCGCCCACGUGGAACGCCGACUUCUACGACUCGAUCGCCAAGCACGUGCCCGACUAUGUGCCGCAGGCCGGACGCGGCUCUUGGCAGGGCCAGAUCAAGCUGCCAAAGGGGGCGCGCAACCCGAUCGCCGUGCUGAGCGUGGCGGGCCACGACUUCCAGGACAACGCCGUCGACACCAAGGCCUACCAGUACUGGACGCGCCUCAACGUCGGCAAGGACGGCGUCACGGCCACGGGCAACAUCGACAUGGUCAAGUCGGGCUCGUAUCGCCUGACAGUGUACGCCGAGGGCAUCUUUGGCCAGCACGUCGUCGACCCGAUCCAGAUCUCGGCGCGGGGCGGCGCCGCUUCGGCGCCCCAGGGUACGGGCCGCAAGAGGGCGGCCCCCGCGCCGACCGUGACCAAGACCGUCUGGAACGCCGAGUCCAACGGCCAGGAGCUGUGGCGCAUCGGCGUGCCCGACCGCAGCUCGGGCGAGUACCUCCACGGCGACCAGCCGGACCCCACGCACCCGCUCCACCCGCAGCAGCGCCGCAUCUACUGGGGCGCCUACGACUUCCCCACCGACUUCCCCAACGGCGUUCGCUUCGAGGUGGGCAAGUCGGACCCGCAGCGCGACCUCAACUACGUGCACUGGAGCCAGUUCGGCGGCAAGGCCAACUCGGUGCGCACCCAGCCCGUCGUCGACAAGGUCAACAACUGGACCCUCGUCUUUGACGCGGCUCAGGACCGGCUCAGCGGACGCAAGAAGGCCACUUUCACCGUCCAGCUCGCCGCCGCCAAAACGGCAGCGGGCAACACGGACACGUUCAACAGCUCCGAGCCCCUCGCCAACCUGCCGCUCGUCGUCAGCGUCAACAAGCACGACCUCGAGGCGUGGCGCAUCCCCUACUACCAGAGCAGCUCGUGCGCCGUCAGGUCCGCGGUGAGCUGCUACAACCUCGCCCACAAGUACACCUUUGACGUCGCCCUCCUCCAGCCCGGCCAGAACGAGAUCGUCCUCAGCCUGCCCUACCGCGGCAAGAAUGCAGAGUCGGCCGUGCUACCCGAGCAGGUCUACGUCCAAUACGAUGCCAUGCGCCUCGAGCUGGCCUGA